GAUCAGACUAAAUACAGUGUGUUUGUUACUGAGUGAGUAGAGCUUGUUAGCAGAGCUAUUCUUCUGUAAUAUCAGUAAAUCAGUGAAUCUCAGAAUUUUUAUUUUACUUUAUUUUAUUAUAAUGAACAAUAAAAACAGGAACAGGAAAUUAAAUGUAAGUUAAAUAAGGGUUACAUCAACAAAACCUCAUUCAUGAACUGCUGAUCAAAUUCAGGAUCCCAGACAAAGAGCUAAUUCCUGUGCUGUUACCUUCUUGUGCGAUCUCCUCAGUUCUGACUAUAUUCCCUCUCUGUUUUUUACCAUCCAACUACACUUCUCUAGUGUGAAUGACAUUCCAGUGAAUCGAUGUCUCGAUCGGUCUUGGCACACAGCUUGAUGUCAUCCAUGUAAAGAUGGCUGGUGAUUUCUCCAAUUCACAGUUGGUAUCCGUAUGCAGUCUUGUUAAUGAUCUCACUGAGUGUCAUGGCUGUGCUGUGUGGCAGAGUGCAGACAUGUCUGCUGUGAGCAAUCUACGAUCUGAAGAUCAGUUUCUGUGCUGCAUCUGUCUGGAUGUGUUCACUGAUCCAGUCAGUAUACCAUGUGGACACAACUUCUGCAAAAACUGCAUCACUCAGCACUGGGACAUGAAUGCCAUGUGUCAGUGUCCUAUGUGUAAAGAGACUUUCUACACUAGACCUCAGCUGAGGAUCAACACUUUGCUCUCUGAGGUGGUCGCUCAGUUCAGACGUGAAGUUCAGCAGAAGGCCAGCAGCAGUAGCUCAGAGCAACAAGCUGCCAAACCAGGAGAAGUUCCCUGUGACACCUGCACUGGAACCAGACUGAAGGCCCUGAAGUCCUGCCUGGUGUGUCAGGAGUCCUACUGUCAGACUCACCUGGAGCCUCAUCUGACAAAGAAAGGUCUGAAAAGACAUCAGCUGAUUGAUGCUGUGGAGAGCCUGGAGGGCAGAAUGUGUAAGAAGCAUGAUAAACCUCUGGAGCUGUUCUGUAAGACCGACCACACAUGUGUCUGCAUGCUCUGUUCUGUUUUAGACCACAAGAACCACGAGUUUGUUCCUCUGAAGGACGAAUAUGAAGGAAAGAAGGCAGAGCUGGAGAAGACAGAGGCUGAAAUUCAGCAGAUGAUCCAGAAGAGACGACUGAAGAUUCAGCAGAUCAAAGAGUCAGUGAAGAUGAGUAAAGGUGCUGCAGACAGACAGAAAGCAGAAGGUGUUCAGGUCUUCACUGCUCUAAAGAAGUCUGUCGAUAAAGGCCUGAAGGAGCUCAUAAAGGAGAUUGAAGACAAACAGGAAACAACAGAGAAACACGCUGAAGGUCUGAUCAAAGAUCUGGAACAGGAAAUCUCUGAGCUGAAGAAGAGAAGAUCUGAGGUGGAGCAGCUGUCACGCUCUGAAGACCACCUCCACCUACUCCAAAGCUUCUCGUCCCUGAAAGCUGCUCCACCCACCAAGGACUGGAGAGGAGUGAGCGUCCGUCCACCAUCAUACGAGGGGACUGUGGUGAGAGCUGUGGCUCAGCUGGAGGAGACGCUCAGGAAACUUAUGAAGAAGAAGCUGUUUGAGGCUGAGCUGAAGAGGGUCCAGCAGUAUGCAGUGGACGUGACUCUGGAUCCGGAUACAGCAAAUUCUAAACUCAUCCUGUCUGAUGAUGAAAAACAAGUGCACUGUGGUGAUGUGAGGAAGAAACUUCCUGACAACCCAGAGAGAUUUUCUCCAUGCCCUAAUGUUUUAGGAAAGCAGAGUUUCUCUUCAGGCAGAUUUUACUUUGAGGUUCAGGUUAAAGGAAAAACUGACUGGGAUUUAGGAGUGGCCAGAGAGUCGAUCAACAGGAAGGGAAAAAUCGAACUGACUCCUCAGGAUGGUUUCUGGACUGUGUGGCUAAGAAAUGGAAAUGAAUACAAAGCUCUUGCUGGUCCUCCAGUCCCCCUCUGUCUUCAGUCUGGUCCUGAGAUGGUGGGGGUGUUUGUGGAUUAUGAGGAGGGUCUGGUCUCCUUUUAUGAUGUAGGUGCUGCAGGUCUUAUCCACUCCUUUACUGGCUGCUCCUUCAUUCACAAACUCCACCCAUUCUUCUGUCCCUGUAAGAAUGAUGGUGGUAAAAACUCUGCACCUCUGAUCAUCUGUCCUGUCAAUCAAACUGAGUCGAUCAACGACUGAUUUUAUUUGAUGAACUGAUUGAUUUUUAUUGAAGGGAACAAAUAAGCAUAUCCAAUGUAAAUAUUCUACAGUCUCCAUGUUUUCUAUAGUAUCUGUUUAUAGGGGACUCCAAUUCACACUUAGAUUUGAUUUUCAUGGAAUUUGAUGUAAACAGAAGAAACGUUAAAUCAGCAAAUGCUCCCACUAAUGGAGACUUGAAAUGAAGACCAAAUAUCAGUGAAUAAAUGUCAAAAAGCUUCAUUUCAAAAUAAAGUUUGUUAAAUGCUGGUUGAUUAAUGGAUGAUUGUGAAGAGAAAGUUGUUUAGAAGAUAAAGAAACUCACAACUCAGAUAUCUAUUUUUUUACAUGCACAUGGGCGGCCACAAUCUAAUCUGCUCUACACCAGAGUGUACACAGCAGACGUGACACAGAAAAACCGCCCAGGGCAUUCAGAACAUCCUUUUAUUUAUACUUGAGCCUUCAAGGAAGUAGGAGUGACAUGUUCAAAAUACAAAAACAUUUCCAUAAAAGGAGAAAGAGACCGUUAGCUUGCCUGUUAACAAAGGAGGUACUAUGUAUGUCACAGCAUUCCUCUGCACAUCUGUUUUCACUCCCUUUUCCUGUGGUAUUUUCAAUUCACAAGCUCUUCUUCCUUUAUAUGAAGCUACAACUAAACACAAUUCACAAAAUUAAAAAUCUUUGAACAUUCCCUCCUGUUUGUAGCUGAAAUUAAAGAGAUACAUCAAUGUGUUUCAGACACAGACCCUGCAUUGUGAGUGCUUUCGGUCUGGUCGUCAUAAAAUGUAUAUCAUUCAAACAUAAUCAUUGAUCACAUUAGUUUCAUACUCAUCGUCUUAUCCUUCUUCCUCGUCUAGCACAGUGACAUAUGCAACGAGAGAUUGAGAUAUCAUUCUUGAUACCAUUCCUCUUACACAGGGGAUAAUGCAUGUAGUAAAGAUACAAAACAUGAUAAGUAUUAGGCCAAAAAACAUCAAAACCUUAAACAUCAAUGUUCUCCAUGAGCCGCUCAUAAACCAAUCCCACCAAUUACUUUGUGAAUUUGCCCAAUCGGUUACCUGUGCCUGUUGAACAUUUCUAAGUAAUUGUAGAGCAUUUGUCAUAUUAUCAGAAUGCACAUUGUCUGAUAUACAGUGGGG